ACAAUGUAGCGCUUUGGACGACGUUGGGGUGGACUGACAAACCUUUGCUAGCCUCGAGAAGGCGAAGAUGCUGCCAUGGCAGAGUACAGUCGUGGAGAAGGAUUGAGAAGCAACCCCACGUAUGUGGAAACGGCACAAAUUUGUGCCAGCUUUGCAGUCAUAACGGUCGCUGUGAUUAUGCUGAAGCAUCAAAGGAGUCAGAAUGAGACUCGUCUCUUACCGACAGCACUAAUUGCACUGCAAGGUGACACUUGCAACGCAGCGACGCGGGACGAUCGCCAUCACUUCGCCUGGGCUGCUGCCGAUGCUAUAGGGGCUCGUUUACGCCUCGCAGGAGAUUGACCGUCGCGACUGGAGUCAACCAACAGCAGUCGUGACGGCAAGUUCCACCCUGAAAAUCCAUUUUCGAGCUUCCCUCUCCGUGUGGGGGGAGCAGGCAGUCCUACUAAAAGAAUUCCUGCGCACGAUGUUUCGGCCGCCAGCGCCAACGGGCAGCUUACGCCGCGAUGGGAUUUCUCACUGCUCGCCAUACGUUAGCACCACCCGCCACGGAGCGGAGCCGCUGUCGCCACAAUGCGAGCCCCAAAAUCCAGAUUAGUAACAGAGGGUGUAUGGCUUGUGAAGACAUCUCCGUUGUCGCCAAAAACCUACGGACCGCGAAGCGCUGUUUAACUUGCAGAGCUCUCGAGUUGCUCUUUCAAUUCUGUUGCGGUUGCAGUUAUUAUUGUGCCAACUAUUGUAAAACCAGCUAUUGGAUCAUAUUGAGGUCGAUGCACCGAAAAGUUAUGACUAUGUGCAAAUGCUCCAGUUAUUAUUAUUGUGAAACCUCUUCGAUUGUCCGACGAUUUGCACGCGUAAAACAGGGCAUAAAUCUAAAAUAGAGGGACUUAAACGGA